UAGUUUGUUAUGAUUACGAUCUUUGUGCAACAUGUUAUGAAGGAGGAGCCACUAAUACCAGACAUACUACUGAUCAUCCUAUGCAGUGUAUAUUAACAAGAUCUGAUUAUGAGCUGUAAUAUGGUGGUGAAGCUCUUACCAGUUUGGAAUUACCCCAAUAUUACACGUGUCCAUAUUGCUCUCGUAUGGGAUUUACUGAUGUUACAUUGCAAGAGCAUGUUACUGCUGAUCACCAAGAUAUUAAUUUUGAAGUGGUCUGUCCACUUUGCGCUGCAAUACCAGGCGGUGACCCAAACUUAAUGACUGAUGAUUUCUCUGGCCAUUUAACUUUGGAACAUCGUACUGGUGCAAGAGAUUUAAUUUCUUUUUUGGAUGAGCCAGUAGGAACUAGACAUAAUGUUAGACAUAUUUCACAUAAUACAUCUCAUGGUACCACUCAUUUGGGUAGGGGUUCAACCACUGCUUCAAGGGCAAGGAGAAGCAAUAUGCAUUUUGGCUCUGGAGGAUUGUCAUCUUCAUCCCCUUCUUCAAGAGAUUCUGUGGAUCCAAUGGCGGAACCACUUGCUUCAACUUAUAAUCGAGAGUAA